AAAAAUAAAAAAGAAGAAGAUGGGAAUCUUCUGGCCGUGACAGAGGGUUUAGCUUUGUUGGCGGCAACAACAAGUGUGUGGAGAGCGAGAGGUAUAAAAAGGGGUAAUUUUCCUUUUUCUCAAAAUCGAGAAAUUAGAAAAGCGAAAUCUCCGAAUUGAUCUUCUUAGCGUAAUUUCGCUCUCGUGAACAGCGAUUGUUCUGCGAUUCUGCAUCGAUCCGUCCGUCUCCUCCGUCCUGUUAUAUAUUUCUUUUCAGAAUACCUAGACGAUCACGAGGUCAAGAUCAACGGCAUUUUAAUUUCAAGAAAGCUCAAUCAUUUGUGAAGAUGGACCCGCAACAUACCGGUGAUCUAUUGAAGCAUAUGGAGAAGCAGAAUAAGUUACUCAAGGAAGCUCAUAAGGCCAUGUCACAAGAACUCCAAAAACUCAUGGUGGAAGAACAGAUGAUGAUGCGUAAACUCUAUGAACUAAUGCUUACUCAUCGUAAGAAGAAGAAGGAAAUGGAGAAAAAUCAAAACUUGUUCGAAGGAAACGAAACCGUUGAAGCUUCUUCUCUACCAAUUGUUACUACUGCUGAUGAAGAACAUUAGAAGAACUCACUUUCUAUAUAUAAACCAGGAUGGACUGGGCUGGUGUGGGCCGGGCUUGAAAGGACUAAAGAUUGGAUCUUAGUUUUGAAGCUAAAUCGUGUCUUUCGACAAUGAAUUAUGAAUAUCGGAUCUCUCUUUAGGAAGAAUCUGCUACGGUGCUACCAAUGUACAUGUAUAAACUAUAUAUAUAAAUGCAAUCUCUAUUUCUAUAGGAAA